UAACUGAAUAGAUUCCUUGAUUUUGACGGUAACACAAGCAUAAGAUUGAGAUUUGUUGUGUAUAAUGUAAGAGAAGAUGAAGUUUGGAGAGACGUUUACGGAAUAUCUACGUGGAGAAGAGGAGUGGUUCUUGGAAAAAUGUCGUCAUGUAGAAUAUAAGAAACUCAAGAAAGUGUUGAAGAGAUGCAAGACGACAUGUAACUCCUCCACAAGAUCUAAUAAUGAUGAACAAAUCAUCAUCUCAUCGGCUACUUCUUUGUCUGAUUCAUCAUGCCAAUGCCAGUCUUGUCCUUGGUGUGAUGAGAUGUUCUUUGAGGAGCUGAUGAAAGAAGCUUCUGACAUAGCAGGAUGCUUCAGGUCAAGAGUGAGGCAUCUUCUUCAUCUUCAUGUAGCCACUGGGAUGCAGAGAUACUUGAUGAGUCUACGCAGAUGCUUCAAGGACGAGAAACAAGCUUUACUCCAAGAAGGCCAAAUCUUGAUUCAGUACAUCACCAUGAAUGCGAUUGCCAUCCGUAAAAUCCUCAAGAAAUAUGACAAGGUGCAUAGCUCAGUGAAUGGGAAGAAGUUCAAGUUGAAAAUGCGAGCGGAGCGCAUAGAGCUUUUGCACUCACCUUGGCUCAUAGAACUUGGAGCCUUUUAUCUCAAUUCUGGUCUUGACAAAGUUGGAAACUUCAAGAACUCAUCGUUUGGCCGUGUCUCCUGUGAAUAUCUCAAUGACGAUCAACCUAUGAUUCAACUCACGCUGCCUAAUUCAAUAGAGCUCGAGUUUGAUCUAACUUGCGCAAUCUGCCUCGAAACGGUGUUCAAUCCCUACGCUUUGAAGUGUGGUCACAUAUUUUGUAAAUCAUGUGCUUGCUCGGCUGCUUCUGUAAUGAUUUUCCAAGGCAUGAAAGCAGCACCAAAAGAUUCCAAAUGUCCCAUCUGCAGAGAGGUUGGAGUUUACGCGGAAGCCGUUUACAUGAUGGAACUGCAUCUUCUCUUGAAGAUACGAAGCAAAGAGUAUUGGAAGGAGAGGAUGGUUAGUGAACGGUCUGAGAUGGUGAAGCAAUCGAAGAUGUUUUGGAACGAACAGACGAAGCAUAUGAUCGGUUACUAGUUGUUCGUUUCUUGGGCUUUUAUAUAUCUUCUUUCAACAAGAGAAAAGUGAUGACCAAAACAAAGAAAAAGAAAAAAAUAACUAAACUAUUAUUUAUUUCUGCCAUGCCCGAGAAAGUCCUGAAUCUACUGAUCCCAUUUAAGAGAUGUCAACACUAGGAGAUGUGUUUUUUUUUUUUUUUUUUUUCUUUGGUGAUCAUGCACAAAUCAAGUUGUGCAUCACUAUACGUUUAACAUGUUAUUGCUUAUCUAUAUUACUUAGG